AUGGCUGAUAAGCAGAUCAGUCUCCCCGCCAAGCUCAUCAAUGGGGGCAUCGCCGGGCUGAUCGGGGUCACCUGCGUGUUCCCCAUCGACCUGGCCAAGACGCGGCUGCAGAACCAGCAGAACGGCCAGCGCAUGUACACCAGCAUGUCCGACUGCCUCAUCAAGACCAUCCGCUCCGAGGGCUACUUCGGCAUGUACCGCGGAGCCGCCGUGAACUUGACCCUUGUCACCCCCGAGAAGGCGAUUAAGCUGGCAGCCAAUGACUUCUUCCGACAUCACCUCUCCAAGGACGGGCAGAAGCUGACCCUGCUGCGGGAGAUGCUGGCCGGCUGCGGGGCCGGCACCUGCCAGGUCAUCGUGACCACCCCCAUGGAGAUGCUCAAGAUCCAGCUCCAGGACGCCGGCCGCAUCGCCGCCCAGAAGAAGAUCCUGGCCGCCCAGGCCCAGCUCUCCACACCGGGGGGGGCCCAGCCCUCCGCGGAGGCCCCCGCCGCCCCCCGGCCCACGGCCACCCAGCUCACCCGCGACCUGCUCCGGAGCCGCGGCAUUGCCGGCCUCUACAAGGGACUGGGGGCCACGCUGCUCAGGGACGUCCCCUUCUCCAUCGUCUACUUCCCCCUCUUUGCCAACCUGAACCAGCUGGGCCAGUCGGCCUCCGAGGAGAAGUCCCCCUUCUACGUGUCCUUCCUGGCCGGCUGCGUGGCUGGGAGCACCGCCGCCGUGGCUGUCAACCCUUGUGAUGUGGUGAAGACUCGCCUGCAGUCCCUCCAGCGCGGGGUCAACGAAGACACCUAUUCCGGCUUCCUGGACUGCGCCAGGAAGAUCCUGCGGAAUGAGGGCCCCUCCGCCUUUCUGAAGGGGGCCUACUGCCGCGCCCUGGUCAUCGCCCCACUGUUUGGCAUUGCCCAGGUGGUCUACUUCCUGGGCAUCGGGGAGACGCUGCUGGGGCUGCUGCAGAGCCCCCAGCCCUGA